CGGUCGCUAUGUAGGGUCAGUGUCAGCCAUUGGCGGGGCAGUUCAGUAGAACCUUUGCUGCCUACUCUCUCCCCGCAUUGUGCAUAUGUCGCGGUCGAACCGUCGAGUGCAAAUAGCUGCCGAUGGAGUUCCGCCGCCUCGGAACGAUGACGAAACCCUAGGUGAUGGAAGCGGCGGGUUAAGGCUGCUACCGUCUUCAAGCAUCGUGACGGAGGAUCUUGAACCUUAUAUGGGAGUUAAGAUGCGGAGGAAAGCUUCGCGACAUCGGGAUUAUAUGGGUGAUUACAUCGAUGUGCAAUCCAGACCUUGUAUCAUGAAAAUUCUUGAGAAGCAAGGUGACAAGAAGGUUCUCUUUGCUGAUAAAGUUCUGAAGUUUACUGGCUCGGGGAAGAUGAAAAAGCGCAUACUACUAAUUACAGAUUUUGCAAUCUACAUUUUGGAUCCAGAUACUGAUACGCUCAAAAGAAGGAUUGCCCUAGCAGCUGUUGAAAAACUCUGUUUAAGUGAAUUAAGUGAUAAUUUCUUUGCAAUUAUUAUUCCCACAGAGUAUGAUUUACUCAUGGCCAGUACUAGAAAGACAGAAAUUGUCACUGUCCUGGUGGACGCUACGAAAAGUUCAUCUGAUUGUGAGCUUGAGGUUUCCCUAACCAACAGGUUUCAGUACAAUGCAGCUGCUGAUGUUGUAAAAGAAAUUCAAUUUGCAGAAAUAGAAGGUGGUGUUAGAACAAGAAUUGCGCGAAAAUGAGUUGCUUUUCCAGUUCAAGCAUCGAUGCUAUUCUCAUUGCACCAAAGUUUGUUAUGAACCCGGAAGUUGACACUGGUCAUGACUUGAAGAUCCUCCCCUAGUCUUGUUAGUUGGAACUUUCUGGGACAACGGGAAUGCAGAGCAUAUAUGUUGGUACAGAUAAGGUCGAUCCAAGAGGAAUCACUUUGAUACUAUUGUACCUGCUAAAAGAAACACAAAUGAUUGUAGAGAUAGUAUCACAACUUUUCUUGGCUUUUUGGUGAAUUUUUGUAAUCGAAUCUUUCUUCCACCCCAAAUUACCCCAUGUCACUUGAAAGUUUACCCAGACAAGCAAUUUCAGCUGUGAAAUGAAACUAGUUAGUUC